GUCUCUUAUGGAUGCGGGACUUAAGAGAGAGAGAGAGAGAGUAAGAGAGAAUCACGAUGUUUUCUUUCUUCUUCUUCUGUACGUGACACGUCGUCUUCUUCGAUUCUCUCUCUCUCUGUAGGCUGUACUACCAGCUGAGCUGGGCUGGGACUGCGGUGUAUUUCCUUUUUCUCUUUGAAGACACCCGGUGAGGAGGCGAGCGGGGAGCUAUGAAAACGUAUAUGGGUUAGCAAAAUGUCGGUUGCUCAAGAACAUGGACUCUUUCAAGCUUGAGAAAUCUUGUGUUUUUAGAUGUGGACUUUUUAAGUGGAGCUGAUCUUAAUUUUGUUUGAAGGAAGCUCUGUACGUAAAAGUAGAACAUUAAAGAAGAAGAAGAAGAAGAAGAAGAAGUGUUUCUCAUCAUGCAUUUGCCUGAGUUUUAUGGAAUGGCCUCCAAUGGGAAUCUAGAGUCUUCUUCCAAACACAAAGCUGAUUUGUCUUAUGCACCUAACAGUGAGUUAGUAGAAAUAGUAUGGGACAAUGGCCAUGUUUUAUUUCAAGGUCAAUCCAGUAGAGGCAGGAAGAACAUCCCCAAUUCCAACAGCUCUAGUAUAGUAGGAACAUCAAAGUUGGGGAAGUUCGGAUUUCUCAAUGAUUUCCAGACGUCUGCUCCUCCUGUUCUGGUCGAAACAGAAGAAGAAGAAGAAGAAGACAUGGUACCUUGGUUGAAUUAUCCUAUCGAUGACUUAUUGCCCGAGAUAUCUGGUGUAACGGGUAAUGAACUCGCCCUCAACCAUAAUAGUUUUGUGUCUGUUAAUAAGAGUAACGACCCCCCUAGGAUUUCGUUUCAUCAAGGCCAGACCUCCUCCAGGGAUUCCUUUCGUGAUCAAGAUUCAGUUGGGGGAUUAUCUAACGGUAAUGUGAAGGUUCAGAAUAACUUUGGUUUCUUUAACUUCUCCCAUUUUGCAAGACCUGGAGCAGUUGGCCGAGCCAAUAUCGAAAAUAUUGUUGGAGACUCCGUUGGGAAGGGAAAAGAAUCUGUAAUAUUGGGUGGCCAAACUAACCUGUCUGAGGCGGUUCUUCAGGAAGUCGUGGCUAAAAACGACAAGCAUUCAGGUCGAGCAUUUGAAGCAGGCGUUUCUAAAGGCGUGCAAGAUAUUGAGAAAACUGUUGAGCCAACAGUUGCUGCUUCUUCUGUUUGUUCUGUUAGUAGUGCAGAACGAGCUUCUAACAAUUCAAUGCCCAAUUUGAAGAGAAAGCGUCACGAAACUGAUGAAUCGGAGGAGGGUCGAAGUGAUGAUGUGGAGGAAGAAUCGGUUGGUGUUCGAAAAGGAGCUCCUGCUAGAGGAGGAGGAGGAUGUAUGGGUUCCAAACGAAGCCGAGCAGCCGAGGUUCAUAAUUUAUCCGAAAGGAGACGCAGAGAUCGGAUAAACGAAAAGAUGCGUGCUUUGCAAGAACUCAUACCUAAUUGUAAUAAGGUGGACAAAGCUUCUAUGCUCGACGAAGCAAUCGAGUACCUAAAGACUCUUCAACUUCAAGUUCAGAUUAUGUCUAUGGGAGCGGGGUUAUACAUGCCACAAAUGAUGUUUCCGGCAGGGAUGCAACCCUUCCAUGGUACUCAUUUCUCGCCAAUGGGAAUGGGAAUGGGAUUUGGACAACACCACCACCAACAAUACCCUUUCAUGCAAGGAGCUGCACAUUUCCCCUUUGCACGCCCAUCGUCCUUUUCAACAGCUACUAACGGUUUUCAAAUGUUUGGCCAUCCGCCCAGUCAAGGACAUCACCCUAUGUCAGGACCAUGUCCUCCACCUCUAGGGAUGCCUACAGUUGCAGGACCUGGUUCAUCAACCCCAUUGACGGUUCCCCUGGAUGUUUCUAAUUCUCCUUCGUCUAAUCAGGUAAUUAUUACUAACGGUGUUGGUGGUGGUGGUUCGGAACUAUCAGCUUUGGCGCAUAAGAAAGAUCCAACGGCCGAUGUUGGGGUGGGAAGUCGACAUGAUCAUCAACAAUGAGCUUGAAGCAGCAGCCGCAGAUUGAGCCAACCUGACGAAAACCGAAGCACAGAUGUGCACAACAUCUUUAAAUCUGUUAUAUAUGUUAUAAUGAAAACUGAAUAAUCAUAAUAACGUAUGUAUAUUCAAAUCUAAAUCCUAAGUACUUGGAUAUGAACAAGUAACAUAAAAAAAUAGCUAUUUUUUCUGUUCUUGGCAGAUA